AGCAUGGCGUCAAACCCCGACAUCUCCGAGCGCCAAAGAUCUGCCCGGCAGAGACUGAGAGUUAUAGCCGGACAUCUGCAGAAAAGAGAGGAAAAUGAGCAUACUGUUCUUUUUGCACAGGAGUGCAAAGCCGAGGCGAAGGCUGAGUCCAGCACUGCACAAGACACCGCGGUUCCGAGGAGAAGGCAUGAGAUAAUGAAGUGGAAUGGCUGGGGUUACAGUGACUCCAAGUUCUUCUUCAAUAAGAAAGGCCAGGCUGAGUUUACUGGUAAAAGGUAUCGGUUAAGUGGAUUACUUCUCCCCAGUCUGAGGGACUGGUUUGAGAACACAUUUGGGGCCAGCCUACAGCACAAAACCCCUGCUACACCCAACCUAAACGUGAAUUCAGUUCCACCCCCUAACCUGAACGAGCAGUUUGUGGAGGAGCUGAAGGCUGCUGGUGUGGCCCUGUCAUCUGACCCAGAGGACCGAGUGUUCCGCUCCCAUGGUCACUGCCUGCAUGAGAUCUUUGCUCUGCGUGAAGGGAGAUUUGGAAAAAUACCUGAUCUGGUGGUUUGGCCAAACUGUCACAAUGAUGUGGUGAAGAUUGUGGAGCUGGCCUGCAAGCACAAUGUCUGCCUCAUACCAUAUGGAGGUGGUACUAGUGUGUCCAGUGCUCUAGAGUGCCCUCCAGAGGAAACGAGAACCAUUGUCUCUCUCGACACCUCUCAGAUGAACAGAAUAUUAUGGAUAGACGAGAAGAACCUAACUGCCCAUAUUGAGGCUGGCAUCAUUGGUCAAGACCUGGAGAGGCAGCUGAAUGAAAGUGGGUACUGCACUGGUCAUGAGCCGGACUCGAUGGAGUUUAGUUCUCUUGGCGGCUGGGUGGCUACACGUGCAUCAGGCAUGAAGAAAAACAUCUAUGGCAACAUUGAAGACCUGGUGGUGCAUAUAAAGAUGGUGACUCCUAGAGGUGUGAUUGAGAAAAGCUGCCAGGGUCCACGAAUGUCCACCGGACCUGACGUUCACCACUUCAUAAUGGGAUCUGAAGGUACUCUAGGAGUGGUCACCGAGGUUACUAUGAAGAUUCGUCCGAUGCCUGAAUAUCAAAAAUAUGGCUCCGUUGUCUUCCCAAACUUUCAGCAGGGUGUCGCCUGCCUGAGAGAGAUUGCCAGACAGAGAUGUGCUCCUGCCUCCAUUAGACUGAUGAACAAUGAACAGUUCCAGUUUGGUCACGCCCUUAAACCUCAAGUGUCCUCCAUCUUCACAUCGUUUCUGGAUGGGCUGAAGAAAUUUUACAUCACCAAGUUUAAAGGCUUUGAUCCUCAUCACUUGUGUGUGGCCACUCUGCUGUUUGAAGGAGAUCGGGAGAAGGUUUUGCAACACGAGAAACAGGUUUACGACAUCGCUGCUAAAUUUGGAGGUCUGGCUGCAGGAGAAGAUAACGGACAGCGAGGAUACAUGCUCACCUUCGUCAUCGCUUAUCUGCGAGAUUUAGGAAUGGAUUAUUACGUCAUAGGGGAGUCAUUUGAGACCUCAGUGCCUUGGGACAGAGUGUUGGAUCUGUGCAGGAACGUAAAGGAGAGAAUAGUGAGAGAGUGUAAAGAGAGAGGAGUGCAGUUUCCACCGCUGUCUACAUGCAGGGUAACACAGAUCUAUGAUGCUGGUGCCUGUGUGUAUUUCUACUUUGCCUUCAAUUAUAGAGGACUGAGUGAUCCAGUACACGUCUAUGAACAAGUAGAGCAUGCAGCCCGAGAGGAGAUUCUAGCCAAUGGGGGAAGCCUGAGUCACCACCAUGGAGUGGGCAAACUGCGGAAGGAGUGGAUGAGGGAGGCCGUCUCCACAGUGGGUAUGGGAAUGCUCAAGUCCGUAAAGGAGUAUGUGGACCCCAAAAAUAUAUUCGGCAAUAGGAACCUCCUGUAAUUCAACAUUUUAAAAGCCUAUUCACUGUUUUUUCUAACCAUAUCAACUUCUUUUAGAUUUAUGGCAUAAUACACGCUAAAAUUUUGUAAGCCAAACGAGAAGCGAUUUAUUUUUCAGGCUUUGAUUGAAAGCUUUGGUUCUGACACUUACUUGCUUGGGGGCACAACUCUGAACCCUGGUGGGGGAGUCCAGCACAGUUUGGUGAUUUUUUUUUUUUCCAACUGAACACAUUAUGUUACACUUGACUAAAUUGAUUCAUGAUUAAAUUGCCCCUAAUAGUGAGUGUCGUUUUUGUUUUUCACGAUGGGGGUGGGUGUUUUUCUCAUUACUCGAUAAAAUUGGUUGAGUUUCUACUGCCCUGCAAUAGGCACCUUGUUUGACUUUUCAGGUGGCACUAUAUCCACCGCAACUCUGACCAGAAUGAAGCAGUAGUUGUAGAUAGUAAUGGUGUGAAUAUUUUAAAAAGCAGAUUCUAUAGUUACAAAACAAAAAGAUGUCCCACAUUGGAGGUCACAUGACAUUAGCAAUUCUCCUUUUCCAGCCCUUAGCCCACCAACAACUGGAAAAUUCUUAGAUAUUAAUUCCUUAUUAAUAUUAAAGAUCUAAUGCUAGACAUUCAUUUUUAGAUCCAAGCUAGGAUACUUGGAUUUAUACAAAUAUAACUUACCCUUCUUGUUUAUAACAUUCAGGCAGUUCUAAGUUGAAGUGCAUACAAUCUUUACUCUCCAGCCCUUAGAAAGCUGUCCCAAACUGGCUGCUCAAGUAGCUUGACUCUUCUUGCAGUUUGGUUUUGGGAGGCUGAAACUUAUACAGUUUAAAUGGACAAAUAAUGAAGACGUGUCCGAGAGCAGAGGGCGACAGGAAGCCCUACAGGCCCCUUUUAACAGGCAGCUGCACCCUCCAGUGGCAGGACCUCCUAAACUGAUCACAUAAUUACAAGUCUGAAGCAGGAAAAUUUUGUCCAUGACUCAGAAUACUAACGCCAAUCAACUAUACUUUCUGACAGUGUGUAAAUCCCAUUUGAAUAAAUUGUGGCGAAUGCUAAACAAUCUCCUAAAUUCUUACAGUACCUCAGUGUUAAGUAGGUGUCAUGGUCUAAUCACCAAACUGCUGAAUCUGCCCCCGGUUGUGCACUACUGAUCGACUGUAUAACUCAGCUAAAGACUUUGUGCUUCCGGUAAUUUUUGUCUCAUCAAUCUUUUACUUCUCGUCUGUCCUGCAGUUUUUUAUGUAAUUUUUUAUGUAUUGUAAAACCUUGGGCGUGACGUCUGAUUUCCCUACUGUCAGUCUCACAGAUCCUGUUACAAAACUGAUAGAAACUUGGAUCAAGGAAAUGGUGUUGAAAAGCCGAUUACAUAACAAAGACGUUUGUUCACCUGCCAUUCUGCCAACAUUUCUCACCAAUCUCGCUCAUUUCUCACUGAUCUUUCUCACUGAUCACUCUUUUGAUAUAUUAAAUGUUUGUAUGUAACGUGUAACUGGUGUGUGACACGACUGAAUUACGCUUUCAGAAGCAGUGUGCCUUCUUUUUCUGUCUGUCUCUGUGUGUGUGAUGACCUUGCCUUCCUUUGCCCUUUGCCUUUUUGAAGAAGGACUCCAUUCGAACUGCCCCUGUCAUUUUAUACGGCUCCUUUGUAUCUCUGCAGUUGCUCACAAGCUACCUUUUGCCUUUUCUAACAGUCUGAACUGUUUCGCCAGGGUCUUUUCCUACGUACUAUGCCUCACCUAAAUCCCUGCACCAUGUUUUAAAGGUUUGUAUUGGUGUUUCUGUUCAGUGUGAACUGGUGGAAACACGGGUACAAACUGGCACGGUGGCGUCUCGUAGGCUGCUGAUCUUUCCAUCUUUGCACCAUGUGUCAUCAUGUGUCCUUGGAUAGACUUCAAUUUGUUAGUGUUUCAUCAUGAAGGUUGAUUUUGAUUCCCCUGUUCCUCUACCAAAGGCUUUCCAUCGGUCCGUUGUAUUAAUGUACUAAUGUACUAAUGUAUGUGUUAUGAAUAAAUGGACCACAUGCAAAUAUUUGUUUCAUCAAAGAAUUACCAUGAUAAAUUGUAAUAUUUUUUAAUUUAACACAACAUAUGCAACAAGCCAGAGAUUUUUACACAGAUAUGUACAUGUUAGAAACGGAAUGGCUUUAUCUAGUAAUUAUUUAAACGAUGUGGAUAUUUAGUUCCAUUUUAAUGGGUGCCUGUUUCCCUGAAUUCAUCAGGAACUUCUGAUAUCUGUCAGUGUUUCUGAAGAGUUACUGAGGAUUUACUUUUCUGUCAGGAUUUAGUUCAUGACUGUAUUGGAUUUCUGUCUGAUUUUCUUUUAUAUAUAUAUUUUGUUAAGCUGAACUAAAGGUUUUCAACAUUAUGCUUUACAGCUGUAUGGUGCUAGAGUAAAGCAGUGCUUAUACUUGCUGAGUAACUGUGUAUUCUUUUACACACAUCUGUGACUGAAGCGUCACUGACCUGCUUACUGUUUAUGAUUCUAUAUGCUGUAGCUGCGUGUUGGUUUAACCAGUGAGAUUUUACCUAAUGGGUUGUAUUCAUUAUAUACUGUAUUAGAAAUACACAAAGUAGCCACUCAUUAGGUUAGUUCAUCAGAAAGAAAGAAAACAAUCGGCAUAUAAAAUAACGGAUAGUAAGCAGUUUUUUCUCUGUGUAAUAAUACAUCUUUAGGAAUUUUCAGCACAUUGUCAAACCAACUACAGCUCUGUCUCAAAGUGCUAACUUUUAUGCUAUUGCAAAUGUGCUGUGAGCAUAUUUUGUAAAUUACAUUUAAUUUAAUAUAACUGGACAAAUCCCAGUUUUCACAAACUUCACUGUUUUUUGAAAAUUGAAAAUAUGUAGAGCUGGUGAGUGGACAAAAAUCCUUAAUCAAGUAAAAAUGUACUUACAAAUGUAUUCAGUUAUCACAUUAUAGAUAUAAGAUAUAUAGAAAUCUUGUAUUUGUCAUAUAUACGUACACAGAUGUACAGUACAAUGAAAUUCUUUCUUCGCAUAUCGCAGCUUGUUUGGAAGCUGUGGUCAGAGCGCAGGGUCAGCCAUCGUUUGGUGCCCCUGGAGCAGACAGGGCUAAGGGCCUUGCUCAAGGACCCAACAGUGGCUGCAUAGCCUGGUUUUGAACCGCCAAUCAUCCGGUUGAUAGCCCAAAGCUCUACCCACUAGGCUACCACUGUCCCUUACCACUGGAUCCUAUAUGCAUUACUCAUACAGGAUCCAAUUUAAAAAUAAAAGAAGCACUUGUGGUGAUAAAACCUAAACUAUUUACAGUACGAUGUACUAAGAAUUAUAUAAGACAAGACAUUUACUAAUAUAUGCAUUAUAUUCUAAAGAUGCUGUAAUAUUUGUCAUUAUUAACCUAGUUAAUUCAACUACAUGCAGGAACGUCCAAACAAUAUCUAUGCCUAAUCCGAAAUUGCUUACUUUUCACUACACACGCUCUCUUCAUGGUCACAAUAUAACAAUAUAUGAGUCUCCCAACUAUGUAGUGCACUCUAUGCUUGGUGGAGACCACAUUUGGGGCUUAGCCACAGAAACAAACAUUGGCUGUAUAAACAAAUGUACUAAAAGGUUACCUUACCAUAAUGAGCGGUGGAACGGUGGCUCAGUGGGUAUCACUGUUUCCUCACAGCAAGGUCCUGGGUUCGAUUCCAAGGUGGAGCAGUCCGGGUCCUUUCUGUAUGAAGUUUGCAUGUUCUCCCCAUGUCUGUAUGGGUUUCCUCUGGGAGCUCCGGUUUCCUCCUACAGUCCAAAGAUGUGCAAGUGAAAUGAAUUGGAUAUUCAAAAUUGUCCAUGACUGUUUUUAACCUUUGUCAAUUGAUCUUUUAACACUGAAUUGCUUUCAAAGCCUAAUGAGUGGCCUUCUAGUGUAAACGUUAAUCACCAGUUAGCAGAUACGUUAAUCACUAUAAUAUAUUUUUUAGAAAUGUAUCAGUUACUGAAGAUCAGUGUUAGAUAUCACAAUAACUAUAGCUGUAGUUAGUUUGAUGUGAGGCUGACAUUGACGUCACAUUGCGCUCCAGUUUCUUCACUGUAAACGGGUUUAUUACAGCAUGUGUAUGCACAGUUAACAGCAAGUAUAAUCACUGCCAAGGAUGCAAUGUUACUAAUGUCAAAUUUCUCUUUUUUUUCGUCUGUGUAUUGUAUGUCAGUCUUGUAUCUUGUAGACCAACCACCCAUCCUGUAAAUGUAGGCAUCAUGUUUUUACUGUCCCUUGCAUAAAUUAUAUAUAAAAAUUCAGUGGUUAGUUUUGGGACAGAAGUCAAUUUCUCUGUGAAACGACGAUUGAAGGAAAUGUUGGCCUUGCUCAUCCUGUAAACAUUUUCUGAGGUCACUCACAGCGGUCUGUUACUGCCAGUUCACCCCCUGCAAAAGUCCUGGCUGCUCCUAUGAUGUUUUUUUUGGUAACGUGUUUAACAUGGUGUUUUAUUCAUCAGUGCUGUUUGUGCAAUAAAAUAACAAUUAAAAAAGGAAA